ACAUGUAUCAAAUAGUAGUACACAAGUCAUACAUUGUGAAAUAUAUGCAGUAAAUGACAUUGUAGGGUUUUCAGAACCUGUUGCAUUCGUACCAGCACAAUGAAAUGUGCAGUACUACUUUGGUUUGUUGCCAUAAAUUACGUUCAAAGUGAACUACCACCAUCGUGUAAAAGUCCAAUAUACUGCCAUGGGGAGCUACUACAUACAGUGCAAAUGGCUCGCAUCUUUAAUGACGGAAAACAUUUCGUGGAUCUCAAAAUGAAGAAUAAUGAAAACCAAACAUUACUUAACUUCCAAGUGUUGCAAAAGAAAUACAACUAUGAGAUUCCAUCAUCAGAACUCCUUCUGUUUGUUGAUAAAAACUUUGAAGAUGGAAACGAAUUGGAGAGCUACAAUUUGACUGAUUUGAACCUUAGUCCACCGUUUCUGAAGGAAAUUACUAACCAAACUGUACAGAAUUUUGCCAAAGACUUGCUGAAAAUAUGGCCGCAGUUAGUGCGAAGGGUGAGAGCGGAAGUGAUCAAUGACCCUUCUUCGUAUAGUUUUAUUCCAGUACCAAAUCCCUUCAUUAUUCCAGGUGGACGUUUCCGCGAGUAUUACUACUGGGAUUCCUACUGGAUAAUCGACGGUCUUCUACUCAGUGGCAUGAAUGAAAUGGCAAGAGGAAUGGUUGAGAAUUUUAUCUCAAUAGUGAAGGAAAUUGGAUUUAUACCAAAUGGAGGUAGGAUCUACUACUUAAAACGGUCACAUCCACCUCUACUUACGUUUAUGGCACAUCUGUACUACCGCGAAACCAAGAAUGUAACCUGGUUAAAGCAGAACAUUGAUACAUUAGCGCAGGAGUUGGAGUUUUGGAACUCUCGCUCAGUACAAGUGCGGAGAGGUGAACGAGCCUAUACUUUGUACCAAUAUAAAGCUGUAAGCCAAGGACCACGCCCGGAGUCCUACCGUGAGGAUUUUCUCACGGCGUCUUUCUUCAACGAAACGGCGCAGCAACUGCAAACCUACGUUAACUUAAAAAGUGGCGCCGAGAGUGGUUGGGACUUUUCAAAUCGCUGGAUUUUUGAUCAAUUUGGCGGUAACUUGGCAAACUUGUCGCACAUAGAGAUCACGCGUCUUAUUCCUGUAGAUUUAAAUGCGUUUCUAUGUGGGGCCUUUCGAAACAUAGCCGACCUGUAUACCGUACUGGGAAAUUCAAGUCAAAGCUCCAUAUGGUACAACAAAUUCCUCGAAAUUAGAGAAGCGACGGCCACUAUCUUGUGGAACAGGCAAGAUAAUAUUUGGUACGAUUACGAUUUGAAGCUCUCCAAACAUAGAAGAAAAUUUUACCCAAGCAACCUUGCACCCUUAUGGGCUAAAUGUUUCCCAAGAGAAAAGGGGCACAAAUUGGGAAGACGCGCGGUUGCAUACUUACGUAAGGAAGGUGUCCUCAACUAUGCUGGGGGAGUUCCCAGUUCUCUGGACAAUACCGGCGAACAGUGGGAUUUUCCCAACGCUUGGGCUCCUUUACAAGAUAUCGUCGUUCAAGGACUGCAUAAUACGAGGUAUCCUCCAGCUCUUCGCCUAGCAUCUACCAUUGCUAAGACGUGGGUGAAGUCUAACAUGCUUGCCUUCCGGAGUACGGGAGCGAUGUUUGAGAAGUACGAUGCCGGUGUUGCGGGGAAGUAUGGCGGAGGCGGUGAAUAUGAGGUUCAGUCUGGAUUCGGUUGGUCAAAUGGCGUUGCCCUCAGAUUCAUUUAUGAUUACUAUCGAGAACUGUAGAUGGGUAUACAAUGUGAUGCAUGAAUAAAUAUAGCAAAGUAAUUAA